AUGUUUGGAUUUCAGGCCAAUUUUGAAAAGAGUGAAAGUAUCAAACAAUUUGGCAAUGGAACUACCUCUCCAAAUGACGCUAAAAGUCAAAACUCCAAAAACAACGAUCAGGAGUCAACAAAACCUUCUUUUGGUGAAAGUAUUACCAAUCACCCAAAGGCACCAUCACAACCAAAUGCUUUCGGUGAUUCUUGGAAUCAACAAACGGUUACUCUCUCACUCAAAUAUUACAAGAAAUGGACAGCUCAAGAGGUUGCUUCAAUCUUGACAUUGGAUGAUGUGGCUGGUGGAGCCUCAUUGUCCUUCGAUGAGGUAAAACCUCUUAUUGAUGUUGGUUUUAAUGGAAUCGUUCUUGACAAUAUAGCGCAAGAUAUAAAAGAAAGGGGAAAACAAUCAGCUUUUAAAAUGGUUUCUAAUGAACCAGAAUACAAGAAGUCAUUGUUUGAAAAAUAUGGGCAAGAAAAUGUUCGACAAUUAUUGGAAUCACGAUUGAUUUACUCUGAUUUACUACAGGCAAAGUUAACGAUAUUCGAUCUUGAAGAAAUUAGAAGAUCAUUGGAAACUGAAAUUAAUUUACUCGUUGAUAAUGUGCCAUUUCUUGGUUCUUGA